AGCACCUGGCCCAGGCCCAGUCCCGCGUCGUGCGGUCCGGGGGCGAUGCGGGGGGCCCCGGGCCCGCUGGUGGGGGCGGCGGUGCUGUGGGCCGCCCUGCUCGGGGGGCUGGGCCUCCGACACACCCUCUACUGGAACUCCACCAACCCCAGGCUUCAGGCGGACGACCCUUCGGUGGAGCUGGGGCUGAACGACUACCUGGACAUCUUCUGCCCGCACUACGAGGGCCCGGCCCCGCCGGGAGGCCCGGAGACGUUCGCGCUGUUCAUGGUGGACGCGGCCGGCUAUGCCGCCUGCCGUCCGGCCGGACCCAACGCCUUCAAACGCUGGGAGUGCGGCCGCCCCUUCGCCCCCCUGGGCCCCGUCCGCUUCUCCGAGAAGAUCCAGCGCUUCACGCCCUUCUCCCUCGGCUUCGAGUUCAUCCCCGGGAACACCUACCACUAUAUCUCCGUCCCGUCUCCGGAAAGCUCCGGCCGCUGUCUGCGCCUGAAGGUGUCGGUGUGUUGCGUAGCGACCACGGACAACAGAGUCACCUUGGUCCCCCAAGUCCUGCCCCACGGGGUUGGGGAGACGCCGGGCCCCGGAGGAGGUGGGACCCCACUGUGGCCGGGGGGACGGGCCCCGGGCCCCCUCUGCAUCCUCCUCCUGCUGCUGCUGCCCCUCCUGCGACUCCUGCGUGGGCUGUGAGCAGGGGGGACCCCCUGCCCGGCCGGUCGCCCCCCGCACCC